UCGCUCGCUCGCUCGCUCGCUGUUGAGCACGCGCGCUCGCUCCCUUUGCCUCUCCCCGUCUUCGGGUUGUCUUCCUCCCGCCCUCCCUCUUUCGCUUCAGUUUGCGGCUGACCCCGCAGCCCCCUCCCCGGCAGCGGCAGCUCAGCCUGCGGGUUCCGCCUCCUUCACAGGCGCUGCCCAGGCUCCCAGUGCCCGGAACUAGAUCCGAUAUCCCCGCGUUCUGCCUGCCAAGCUGCCCAUGUCCAGCUACAGGGUCUGAGCAUCAGGUCCCAGUGCAAAGAAAGGUCUGCUGGGCCAGCGGCUGAAGAACAGGAACCCCCGAACUGCAAUAGUUGUAGAUCGGCUGGCUGGCAGGAGACCAAGCAUUGUGAAUCACCUCAAGGUGACAGCGGGGUCAAAAGCAGGGGUGUGUGCAGCGACUCACACCCUAACCUGUCAGCAGGCACGGCGAAGGGAAGGGCCUGGCCUCUGCCUCCCCACAGCUAUGGACUGACAAGCCAGUGCAUGCUGAGGGGCUCUCUCUCUCCGGAGCUACAGAGCGUGUGGCUUUCACCAUGCUGGCACCAGGCAGUGGCUCAGAGCAGAGGAGCAAGCUUGCCCUGCAGUGGAAGCAGGUCUCCUGGAUCACCUGUUGGAUUGCCCUGUGUGCUGUGGAGGUGCUCCCUGCCUGCCCUUUCUCUUGCACGUGUGACAGUCGAAGCUUGGAGGUAGACUGCAGCGGCCUGGGCCUCACCACUGUGCCCCCAGACGUGCCCGCUGCCACCCAAAGCCUUUUGCUCCUCAACAAUAAACUGAGUGCCCUGCCAAGCUGGGCAUUCGCCAACCUGACCAACCUGCAGCGGCUGGACCUGUCCAACAACUUUCUGGACCAGCUCCCCCGAUCUGUUUUCGAGGACCUGGUCAAUCUGACGGAGCUCCAGCUGCGGAACAACAGCAUCAGGACCCUGGACAGGGACCUGCUCCAGCACGCCCCUCUGCUGCGCCAUCUGGAUUUGUCUAUCAAUGGCUUGGCCCAGCUGCCCCAAGGGAUUUUUGACGGGCUCCUGGCCCUGCGGUCCUUGUCCCUCCGCUCCAAUCGUCUACAGAGCCUGGACCGGCUGACGUUUGAGCCCCUGGCAAGCCUGCAGCUGCUUCAGGUCGGGGACAACCCGUGGGAGUGUGACUGCAACCUGAGGGAGUUCAAACACUGGCUGGAGUGGUUCUCCUACAGAGGGGGGCGCCUGGACCAGCUUGCCUGCACCCUACCCAAGGAGCUAAGGGGGAAGGACAUGCGUGCGGUCCCAAUGGAGAUGUUUAACUACUGUUCCCAGCUGGAGGAUGAGAACAACCCUGCGGGGCUGGAUGCUCCAGGCCCGCCCUGCACCAAGGCCAGCCCGGAGCCUCCUAAACCCAAGCCUGGGGCCGAGCCUGAGCCUGAGCCCGGCACUGCCUGCCCUCAGAAGCAGAGGUACCGGCCCGUGAGCGUUCGGCGAGCCAUCGGCACAGUGAUCAUCGCAGGGGUCGUGUGCGGCAUCGUCUGUAUCAUGAUGGUGGUGGCUGCUGCUUAUGGCUGCAUCUAUGCCUCCCUCAUGGCCAAGUACCACCGAGAGCUCAAGAAGCGCCAGCCGCUGAUGGGGGACCCUGAGGGUGAGCACGAAGAUCAGAAGCAGAUCUCUUCUGUGGCGUGAGAGCUGUCUGUCUGGUCCAGGUAGGACAGCAAGGAGACUCCAUGGGACCGCUACCGAAAGGGCUGCCCUUCCCUCCAUCAUAGGCCCUGUCUCAGCCUGACACUGGUACUGCCUCCCCUCAGCUCCCCGGUCCUCGUCUGCCUCAAGUAGAGCAGCCUUCCAGUCUCUUUCCAAGUUUCUCAGAAGCUUCCCUUGGGCCAAAGAUUCCCGUGGAAGGCCUCCUCUGGGCUUCUUGUCUUUGCAAGGAACACCUGGGCCUCCCCGUAGGCUCCUGGCCACAGGCAG